AUGUCCGGUCUGCCGUCAGAUGAGGUCGCCGAAGACUACAAGGGUUCUUUGGAAGACCUUGUAUCGAACGACAGAUAUCAGAUUUCGAACUUGACCCUGAUCGCAAAAGAGAACAUCGAGCAUGCCGAAGCAAUCUCCAGAGUCCUACAGAAUCACAUCAACAGAGCACCUCCAGCACGCAAGUUACCCGCUCUGUAUGUUUUGGACUCGAUUGCCAAAAAUGUCGGGUCGCCUUACACGGUCUACUUUGGCCGGAAUCUUCAUCAGAUCUUUAUGCUCGCGUACUCGCAGGUCGACGCUGCUGUUCGCCGGAAGCUCGAGGAGAUGCUGAAAACCUGGCGAGAACCAGUACCUGGGUCACUCUCUACCACUCCUGUCUUUCCCAUUGCAAGCACACAGACUAUUGUCGACAGCCUCAACAAAUUUCGGAGUGCAACGCCCGGCGGCAACCGAUAUCAGUCGACUCCUAUCCAGGGGCAGACUGCCAGAGUCGCUUCUGUUCAGCCAUACCGUCACACACCAACACCGCCCCAGUCGUUACCUCAGCUUCCGCCGAGUCUCGCUGCACAGGUUCGGAGCCCUCAGCCACAGAUAGCCGUGCCUGCGACUCCCUAUACACAAACACCGCCGGUGUCGUACGGUCUGCCCUAUCCGCCACAGUCAGCCCCUGCUCCAUAUUUUCAGCCGCCUCCAUUUGUGCAGACUCCCCAGUAUCCGCCUCCUACUCCUCAGCCUGGGCUCCUUGCUGGAAGUAGUGUCAACCUGCAGAAACUAAAUGCGGAUAUUGACGACCUCACUACUGAUGCCAAAAUCGAAUGCGCAACGCACCCGUUGGAUACUGGAGCUCAACGGAAGCUGGCCAGUCUUCAGACCUUGAAGGAGAUCUUGGACAGCGGCAACGCCUCCGAAAGUGACUUGGUGGAUAUACGGAACACAGUGUCGCAAAAGAUGGCAGAGAAGAGGGCUAUCAACCACCAAUCUCCACUGCCAGUGAUGGUGCAGCCAGUUCACAAUCCCUAUGUCCCUCCCCAACCAGCUGUCCAACCCACUCCUCUACUUGCUCAAGCUCCCGUCCCUACUCCAGCCCCGACAGCCCUGUUCAAUAGCACCAAUCUAGCCGAGCUCCUCCGUGCAACUGCGGACCAGCAGCAAGCAACAUUUCCUUCGAACUACCCUCCACCAGCUCAGUCUGGUGUAGCCACCCCACAGUACAACGUGCCGGCACCUCCACCUGUAAGCGAAAAUCCGCUUAUUGCGCAGCUCCGAGCAUCCGGGCUCCUGUCUGCGGCACCUACUCCACCACAGGGAGUGACACCGCCUGUUCCAGCUAUUCCCAACUUUGCCCUCGAUGCGAACGUCGAAGUAAGACUGACUUCGGCCUCGAUCCGAAUCUCGCGGCCGGCAAAAAUAGUUGCAUUUUUGAAUGCCCGACCGAACCAAUGUAGCACUUGUGGCAGGAGAUUCAUGUCCGAUGAAGCUGGCAGAGAAAAGAAGGCGCGACACCUGGACUGGCACUUCAAGACUAAGGCUAGGAUGCUGGAGGCGGAGAAGCGAGGCCAGAAUCGGAGUUGGUACGUCGACGAACGAGAAUGGAUUGCGACCAAAGAGUACGAAGAUGAGGCUGGGCCAGCCGAUGGGAAUGGAAAUCCCGCUGCGGCAGUCGCGAAGAAGAAGCCACAGGAUUUCGUGCGAGCUCCAGCCGACCCGGUUCUACGGUCAUUACCAUGUCCUAUUGAUCAAGAGCCAUUCAAAAGCGAAUGGAGCGAGGAGGUGCAGGACUUCAUAUGGAAAGACGCGGUACAAGUUGGAAACCGGAUCUACCAUUUGUCUUGCUAUACAGAAGUGACCAAAGGCAGAGACAAAGAUGGAGUUAGUACUCCAGUCGCAGGAAUUGGCCGCACCGCGACACCUGAUUCCGUGUUGGGUAAAAGAAAGGCGGAAGAGGACCCAGGUAGCAUCAAGUCGCGGAUCAAACUUGAGUCUGCCCAAGCGUAG